GUGAUGGAGUCACCAUCCCUGGAAGUAUUUAGAACACAGGCAGAUGAGGUGCUUAGGCAUAUGAUUUAGUAGUGGACAGGCAGGUACAGUUUGGGUUUGAUGAUCUUACUGAUGAGGUCUUUUCCAGCCUAGGGAUUCUAUGAUUCUGUUUUCCCUUCUCUCUCGUGCUGCUGGAAAGCCACAGCCACCAGCACGCUCGCUGCUGAGCCUCCCCCCUCCACUCGUGGCGCGGGACAAAGGCUGUUCCCAGCAGGAAGUGGGGGCUGCUGGGAGGCCGAAGGUCAGCGCUGCUCCAGCAGACCAGGGGUUGCCGGUUCAGGCGGCGGAGAGCACGGCUCAGGAGCCGGAGCGCCGAGGCCGUAACCAGGAUCCUCUCUGCCUGAAAGCUGCGAGCUACUAAAACACUUCCUGUCUUUUGCAGGCGUGGAAUCAGAACUUCCUGAGCAGCACAGUCUGCUGUUCAUUAGGAGAUUACUCCUGGAAACCAGCAUACCAGAGACGUGAUGUCUUCUGACAACGGCUGCCAGCCCCAGGCACUGACCAAGCCAGCACUUGGUGAAACAGAAGCCGCUGAGCUGGUUGACAGGGUGUUUGGGUUAAAGGUGUCCUGGAUCAGGCCACUCCCCAGCUACGACGAUCAGAAUUUCCACGUGCGUGUCUCCAGAAACAAAGAUGCAGUACAAGAUGCUGAAGAGUAUGUCCUCAAAAUCACCAAUUCGGAAGACAGCCAGGAGCCUGACCUCAUUGAAGUGCAGACCCAGGCUAUGAUGUUUCUUAGCACUGAAGGCUUUCCUGCAGCUACUCCUUAUCUUACGAAGAAUGGGAACAUAAUGUCUCUGGAGUCAGGAGGCUGCAGAUCUGGGAACAAAAAGUUCAUAAUCAGGCUGCUCACUUACCUGCCAGGUACGCCUGUAGCAAAGAUUGCUACAAAUGCUGAGAUUCUCUACGAGAUUGGAAAGCUAGCUGCCAGUCUGGAUAAAGCUCUUGCGGAGAAAUUCCAUCAUCCCUCAGCAAAAAGCCUGCAUCGAGGUCAGUUCAUUUGGAAUCUGGCAAAUGUUCCUCUUCUAGAUCAGUACAUUUAUGCCUUGGGCCAGAACAAAUAUCGUCCACUUGUGGAACAAGUUAUUGAGCAGUUUAAAGGGAAAGUGAUACCCAAGCUCAGCAGUUUCCGAGCCUGUAUCAAUCAUGGAGAUCUUAACGACCACAACAUUCUAGUAGACUUCUGCUCUGAUUCCUUGGAGAAUCCUCGGUACAGAGUGUCCGGCAUCCUGGAUUUCAGUGACAUGAGUUACGGAUACUAUGUAUUUGAAGUCGCAAUAGUGAUCAUGUACAUGAUGGUUGAGAGCUCGGAUCCUCUGCGUGUCGGUGGACACGUUCUGGCAGGCUUUGAGAGCGUUGUGCCGCUCACGGUGGAGGAGAGGGGAGCCCUCUUCCUCCUGGUUAGCGGGAGGUUUGCACAGUCCCUCGUCAUUGCAGCCCACACGGCCCUGCAGUACCCAGAGAACAGGGAAUACCUCAUGAUCACGGCCAAAAACGGAUGGAAAUGCUUGAUGGCCAUGUUUGAGGUGGGCCAGGCUGCUGUGGAGGAGAUGUGGUUCAAGACUGCCAGAGCAUAUGUAGACCCUCUGCCUGCUGGGCAGUGAUGGCUGAUGAGGGGCUAGUGCGGUGAUGCUCAGCUGUUCCAAUAAAGGGGUGCUGAAGGGGGCAAAGUGCAUCCUGCUCUGUUUGUCUGAGGUGAGGGUAGGCAGGUGGCCCCUUGCC